AUGGCAGACAGUAGAAACGCUGGAAAUAAUAUACCAGACAGUAGUGGUGCGUGGACAGAAGAAACACAUGCACGAACAAAACGUGAAGGGAAUGAUCUUGAAAUUGAUCCUGAGAGACAAGAGAGACUGAAGCAACAAAUGGAAAUCUCUUUGAAAACAAUAGAGAACUCAGAGUUUUACAAAUCAUUCUUGAAACAGCUGACCUCUCCUGAGGUGUCAAGCCACAUUCAAAUCAUGUUAGGCUCUGAAACGCAGCUGCAGAUGGUGAUUUAUGGUUUAGGCAGCAUCGAGUCUGAUGAUGAAAAUCCAAGGUUUCAGCUGAGCAUUGCAAUCCUGAUGAAGAGAGAGUUUGAUUGGAGCGAGAUGUGUAUUGGGUUUUAUGGGCUUUAUAGAAGAAACUGGGCCUUUGGGCUUUACCUUUACUAA